AUGGCGCACCGGCAACUUUCUUCGCAGCCCGCCAUCAUAGGUACCGAUGAACAUGACCAGGAGGCCAUUGAUGAACUAAUUGCUUCGCUUCCCAUAACCAAAGGCUUGGUUUGUCCGGUCCAUCGCCUUUACCAAAACUUUUGGUGCCCGAUCAUUGUGCUUCCCAACGUGAUCACCUUCCGGCGGCACUUCAAAGCCAAAGACAAGGACAUUGUCCUGGUCUCUCAGCCCAAAUCGGGAACCACCAAGCUAAAGGCCUUAGCAUUCUCCGUCAUUAAUCGCUCCCACCUAGACAUCUCCAACAGGCCCUUGCUCACUUCUAACCCCCAUGAAGUCUUCCUUUCAUCGAGCAUAAGCUGUGGCCCGACCGCCAGGCUCUUUGCGACGCACAUCCCUUACCCAUCCUUGACGGAGAACAUCAAGCGAUCGGAUUGCUGGAUCAUUUACAUCUGUCGAAACCCAUUGGACACCGUGGAGCAUUUCGAGACCUUUUGCCAAGGGCAAGUCAUGUUCGGGCCCUUUUGGGAUCACAUCACGGGUUACUGGAAAGAGAGCUUGGAGAGGCCACGCAAGGUGUUGUUCCUCAAGUAUGAGGACUUGAAGGAAGAUAUUGCAGGACAGCUAAAGAAGGUGGCCGAGUUCGUGGGGCUUCCCUUCACUGAGGAGGAAGAAGAGGGAGGUGACCUGGAGGUCAAUAAAUCCGGCAAAUUAGUGGGCAGAAUUGUUGAGAAGAGAAGCUUUUUUAGGAAAGGGGAGGUGGGUGAUUGGGUCAACCAUCUCACUCCUUCCAUGGUGGAUCGCCUCAAUAGCAUCAUCCAAGAAAAGAUGAGGCCCUUUGGGUUGGAAUUCAAAAUGUGUUGAGCGUUAAAUCCAUUCACUUUCUCCACAUGUGUCAUUAGAAAUAAGUUAAAUUAAUAAUGGAAGGAUCCGCAGUCCUCCUUAUUGGU